UUCCUGUCCAACAACGACCAAGUGCUACUACCCGAGCUGGCGAACGAUGUCCCCCUGCCGGACAUCCAGCAGACGAUUGAUUUUCUAACAGAAAUCGGCGACACCGAGAAUGCUAAAGGCUACCAGAAAGUGCUGGAGCAGCGAAAGGCUCAGGCUUCAGCUGUCGCUCAGACUCCUACCCUUCAGCAGCAGGUGUCCAACGCCUUCAACCAGGUCCGCUCCUUGGAAAACAAGCUCUCGAAGGCUGUCACCCACCGCCAGAAGCUCAAGGAACAUAUCGACACUCA